AGCGGGUAGCUUCGUCCGAGGCCUAGGGAUCGGCGAGGUGGAAUGAGACAAGUUUCAUCGCAUGACUAGGACUAGUCAGAGCGAACUGUUAAUUGGGAAUCAUUGAUCAUGUAUCUCGCACGCUCGUUCCUUCCCUUCAUAGAUUGGCUCUCCAACAAAGUAGAAUGAGACCGUCAACGUUGCUGCGAAGAGGCUGACUAAGCAUGAAAUUUGCCUUCUCUUGCCAGUGCGACGACUACUAGUUUGCUACUUGCUCGGAGAAAACACACUCGCCCACCUCGUCGCCCAAUGCUCGCCUAGUUGAUAUGCACGGCGACCAGACUCCGUGACCCUUCCCAUUCGUCCAAGUUCAUCGCUCCUCCUGUACUCGUCACGGUAGCCAAUGGACGUUUCUCCGACCACGCAAAUAAUUUGGCAGAUCUGUGACGCCCUUGCUUACCUACAUAUCCAGGGCGUCACGCACCGUGAUAUCAAGCCUGAGAACAUCCUUCUGUCUAAAGACUCUAAAGACGUCCCUCCUAUCGUUAAGCUUUCUGACUUUGGGAUGGCUAAGAUUGUCGAUGAUCAUACCAUGCUCCGGACUGCAUGUGGUACGCCGGAGUACAUGCCCUCAGAACAGGGCCAACAUGGUGGUAGUUACGACCACCUCGUGGAUAGCUGGAGUGUCGGAGUUAUCGUGUUCCAGAUGUUCACAGAGACCUUGCCGAUCGAACGAUUGGACACUGGCGACCAGAGACCAGAUGACUGGGAUCCAUUGAUGCGAUGGGAUCUCUUGGACAAAGCGCGGGUUCUUGAAGAAGGGAAACGAUUUGUCCGGGCCCUCCUCCGUUCGAAUCCAAAGGAGCGUAUGACGAUGAAAAAUGCCCCCAAACACCAAUGGAUGUCCCCGUGGGUAGGCAAGAUGGAAAAGGCCAGAGACGAACUGCUCGGUGACAAUGCUGCAUAUCAGCAUUUGAAUUAUCUGGAGAAUUAUCGACUAGAAGAAGAACCGGAGACGUGAUGUUGAAUUAGAGUGUAGUUGUUACAAGCGCGUGUUGCUAAAGUCUUGAUGCCUGCUAGAUACGCUAGAUACAAGUAAAAUGAAUCCGACACAUCUCACAUAGUCAUUCUUGUUGACC